AUGCCUCCCAAGGGCAGCAAGAUCGGCCAGCGGGUCGAGCGCGAGUCGUCAAUAGAAAAGACCGAUGAGUACGAGAAGUUCAUGGAAGAGCUGGCAGCGUACCAUGAGAAGAGAGGAACAAGUCUGGAGAACGAGCCGAAAGUCGAGGCUCAGCACAUAGACUUGUCGAAGCUGUACACUCGAGUGGUUGCAGAAGGAGGCUACGAUCUGGUGUCAGAUACAAAGAAGAAACCGUUGAUGUGGAGGAAAAUUGCAGAGGAGCUCCUACCGGGCAUCAAGAAUCUGGCCGGCGCGGCUUUCCUGGUGAAAAGGGCCUACUACUACAACCUGGUUGCCUAUGAAAUAUCAACGCAUUGGGGCAAGGAGCCUCCGCCAAAGGAGGUCGUCGAGGACGUGACUGCAAAGGGUGGAGACGUCAUGUCGAGGACCCUCGAGAACUACCCGACAUCCUCGACCAGAGACAAGAGCAUGGCCAACGGAAAUUCGUCCGACAACGAAGACGCCGCCAAGGACAAUCACGACGACGGUGAACCCGGCAGUGUGCGCUCGACAAGGGGUCUCCGUCACGCUCCGCCGCCGCGCGACUUCUAUCAGCCCUCGGCGCCGCAGCAGCCGCGCCAGACCCGCAACCAGGGCCAACACACAUCUCAAACUCCCGCCUCGCCAUCCCCUGCUUACGCCAAUACCACGCCCAUGACGUUAGCAACCUAUGAGCCGCAGCAGCAGCUGCCUCUGACGCUGAAACCCGUCACCACCCCAGCCAACAACUCCGAGCACUAUCGCGUGAAGCGCAAACAACAACAAGAGGCCCAGGCCAGCCACGUAGCUAAGAAGCAUAGAGGUCUCAUGCUACCAGGAACUGGCUUCAUCGGUCCUAACAUCUACGUUCGCGCACAGCUCGCCUUGCAAUCCGGCUUGCCUGAAGAGGAGGAAUACGCCUUGCACCAUCUCGUCAAGAUCUCACACGAAAGAGGUGACAAGUACCGCUUCGAUCAAUUCGCUGGUCUGGCCGAGGCUCUCGUCAACAAGCUGUUGCAGAUCAGCACUCUCUUCUACGACCUCGAGUGGGUUGUCUCGUACCAAGAGUCUUCUGCUUCGCGCAGCCUCGACGCCAUCAACGGCACACCUGACUUGCUACAGAAACUCCAAUCUGCCGUUCCUUUGGACACCGAUCAUGCUGUCGAAACCUCAGAGUUCAGACAGGCCCUCGGCCGCAUCACAGAGGCCGGUCUCGUCAUCCGCAAUAUGGUCAUGUUGGACGAGAAUGCUCAGUACAUUGCUAAGCUCCCCCUUCUUCGCGAUUACUUCUGCAUUGUCUUGAAUCUAAGACCUCACCCUGCCCUGGUGGAGCUGCAAUACUACGCCCUCGAGACUAUUGAGCAACUCACCAAGCACUAUGAUCUCGACGCCACUGAUCUACUCUAUGAAACUCUCCUUGCUCAGUUGGAGUCCAACGACCGCGGCAGAAUCGUCAUCUCUCUGCGUGCCAUCAGCAGACUUGGCAUGGCGUACGAAGAGAACAAGCGACUCGAGCUGGUGCCCCUCGAGAUCGUCCAAAAGCUGCCUGAAUGGAUGAUGCUGCCUGAUGAAGAGCUGCGUUCUGCCUGCUUGGACUUCCUCUUCCAGUACACAAGCAUCGCCGACAACGUCGAGACACUGGCUCUGGAUGCCGACGUCCAGUCUCUUGUCAGACAGCUGUCGGAGCUAUUGCUCUACAACGCCAAGAAGGAGAUGCCUAAGAUGCACAAGCCUCGCGCUUCGGAGCCUCAUUACGACUCGGAAAGCUCAGCACACGUUCCCCGCUUAAGCCAGGAUGUGAUAGAGUCACUUUUGGCCCAAGCCGAGCCUGAUCGUAGCUCCCGCUGGUUGAAAAUGUGCUUCGAAACAGACCCAGAAUCCGAGAUGACCCAGAUUCACUUGUGGCAGUCGUACCAAGCGACCUUCCUCAAGUAUCAGCCUUCUCAUGGAAAUUUGAUCGCAGGCGAGUUCAUCAAAAACGUCUCUAACACAUUCAGUGGUGCAUCUGCCCAAGUCGCCAACUCGAAGUACGUCAUCAAGGGCAUCAGACCUCGCAAGGUUGUGCACGAUCUCGAGGGCAAUGCGUUUGUCAAGUGCUGCUGGCGCACCGACCCUAAAGACGUGCCACAUGAGCACAUCAACAUCUUUGCCAACAACGGUGGCAAGGAGUGCGGCGAGUUCUUCGUCAGCAGCAAGAAGCUCUGGGAACACAUUCUCUCCUCUCACAUGAAAGUACCUAAGAAGACAUCGACCGCUGUGAAUGGAGACGCCGAGCAGCCGCAGAGCAGAAAUUUUGACUUCGCCAAGGCCGAUCCCUCCCUCCCAUACGAUUGCAGAUGGAACAGCUGCUCCCAUCAGACAACCGGCUAUGGCUUCGCUGUCAAUGUUGCAUUCCAAGGUCGACACAUUCUCACACAUUUGCCAGACAGUGGUCCACUCGCCGAGCAAAGACGCCAGAACCAGCGCAACUCGGAAGACGUUGAGGAACCCGUCCCUAGUAACCGCAUCUGGUACCGUACCAUGGCAGACGAGCACAACGAUGCUGCUGGUCUGCCCCUGGGUUCCGCGCUCGUGUUGCGAAAUAUUGCUCGUGGCGUCCGUAAGAUGGCACCUAGCGAGAAUGGAGCCGCUGCCGCUGCUGCUGCUGUCGAAGAGAAGGCACACCCGAACGAUGACGAGCAAACUCACCGCGAAGCAGAAGAUGAUGAGGGCGCUGUCGCCAUGCCUGAGCUGCCAAUCCCUGCUUCAGCCGAGCUGAUGAAGAAGAUCUUCGAUCCAAUCAGAGAGAAGCUCUUCUUCGCCAUGGCACACAACCCUACACUGAAGGAUCACUUGGGCGCUGUCAUUCGCGCUAUUGCUGCUGGUGGAGGUUAG